AUGGCGCGGCUCGAACGCGCGGAGGAGACCGCCGCCGCGAACGCCGCCGAAAACGCCGCCGCCGCCGCCGACCGCGAGACCGAGCGCGCGGAGCUCGACGAGGCGCUGACGAGAGCGCGCGCGGAGGCUGCGGCGGCGAAAGCCGAGCUCGAGCUCGUGGAGGCGGCCGCGGAGGAGGCGGGCAAGGCGGUGGACGACGCGAACGCGCGCGCGGCGGCGGCGGAGGCGGCGAGAGCGGCGCUCGCCGCGGGCGCGGACGAGAGCUCCCAGGCGCGCGCGGCCGAGCUCGAGACCGCGCGCGCGGCGCUCGCGCGCGCGACGUCCGACGCGGAAGACGCGACGCGCGAACGCGACGCCGCGAAGAGGGCGGCGGACGACGCGACCGCCGCGGUCGCGGAGGCGAACGCGCGCGCGGAAGCGGCGGAGGCGGGCGCGGGGGAGUCGACGCGCGCGCUGUCGAGCGAGCUCGAGACCGCGCGCGCGGAGCUCGAGGCGGCGCGUGAUCGCGCCGCGUCCGCGGAGGACAAGGCGCGCGACGCGGAGAAGACCGCCGCGGACGCGUCGCGCGCGGCGGAGGACGCGAAGACGUCGAACGCCGCCGCGCUCGCCGCCGAAAACGAGAGAUCGCGCGCGCUCGCGUCGGAGCUCGAAUCCGCGAGCGCGGAGCUCGCGCGCGCGAGGGAGGACGCCGCCGACGCGCGCGCGCGACUCGAGACCGCGGACGCGGCGACGGCGCGCGCGAACGACGCGGCGAAGGAGGCGAACGCGCGAAUUGCGGCGGCGGAGGAGGCCAAGACGGCGGCGUUGUCCGGCGCGGGCGAGUCCGAGGCGGCGCUGUCGAGCGAGCUCGACGCCGCGCGAGUCGCGCUGGACGCCGCGCGCGCGGACGCGACGGCCGCGCGCGCGGAGCUCCGGGCGGCGAAGGAGGCCGCGGAGGCGGCCGCGAGCGCGGUCGACGACGCGAACGCGCGCGCGACGACCGCGGAGAAGAAGGCUGAGGACGCGGCGGCGGCGGCGGCGGUGCGCGAGGCGCGCCUCGAAGCCGCCGCGGAGGACGCGAAGGCGGAGACCGCGCGCGCGACCGCGACCGCCGAGCGCGAGAUCGAGAGCGCGAAGCGGGCGACGGAACGCGUCGCGGCGCUCGAGUCGGAGGUGGCCGCCGCGGAGGAGAGGGCGCGCGACGCGGAGAAGACCGCCGCGGAGGCGGCGGCGUCGUCAGCCGUGGCGGAAGACGCGAAAACCGCCGCGCUUGCCGGCGUGAGCGAGAGCUCCCGCGCGCUCGCGUCCGAGCUCGACGACGCGCGCGCGGAGCUCGUGCGCGUCGCGGACGGCCGCGCGACCGCGGCCGCGGAGCUCGACGGCGCGAGGGCGACGCUCGCGGAGACGACCGCGGCGUUGGCGGCGGCGACGAAGGCCAAGGCGGAGGCGGCGGCGGCGGCCGCGACCGCGACGGCGGCGAAAGACGAAGACGCGAAGAAGCUCAAAAACGCGCUCGCGAAGUUGAAGAAGACGGAGGCGGCGAGGAAAGAGGCGGAGGAGAUGGCGACGGAGGCGGCGAAGGCGUUGGAGGCUGCGGACGAGCGCGCGGCGGCGAUGAAGGCGGCGACGGAGUCGCAGAUCGCGGACGCCGUCGCCGCCGCCGCCGCCGCCGCCGCCGCCGCCGCGGAUGAGACGUCCGGCGCGGCGGUCGCGAAGACGACCGAAGAACUCGACGCCGCGAACAAGCGAAUCCAGAUGCUCGUGGACCUCGUCGAGGGCGCGAGGCAGGAGGCGGAGUCGACGCGCGCGCGCGCGGAGGAGCUCGCGGGGAAAGCCGAGGCGUUCGCGGAGAACGCCGCCGCCGCGGAGAAAGCCGCCGCCUCCGCGGAGAAAGCCGCCGCCGCCGCGUCUUCCGCGCUCGCGGAGGCGGAGCGACGCGCGUCGAGCGCGGAGAAGCGCGCGGCGGACGCGGAGAGAGACGCGGAGACGUACGCCGCGAAGGCGGACGACGCGUCGAAGAAGGCGAACUACGUGUUAGGGAAGAAGGAGGAGGAGCUGCGCGAGGCCAAGGCGGCGACGGCGGCGACGGCGGCGGCGGCGGCGAGAGACCUCGAAUCGAGAGCGUCCUCCGCCGCGGGCGACGCCGCGAACGCGAGCGCGCUCGCGAAGACGGUCGAGGAGCAGCGCCAGCGGCUCGAGCGCGCGCACGCGGAGACGUCCGCGCUCAGAGCGGAGCUCUCGCAGGCGCAGGCGCAAGCGCAAGCGGCGGCGGCGGCGGCGGCGAACGCGAAGGCGUCGUCCGACGUCUCCAUCGACAUUCCGAUCGCGACGCCUCAGUCCGCGGCGUCGAAGCGAUACGCGAGCAAGAAACGCGACGAGGGCGACGACGACAUCGAGGGCGCGAUCUUAUCCGGCGGCGGCGGCGGACCCGGCGGCGGCGCGGACGGCGGCGCGUUCCGGCCGUUGCUCGGCCGCGUGCGCGCGUUGCAAUCCAAGUACGCGUCGGGCGCGCCGUCCUUCGCCGCGUCGCCGGUGCUCAGGGCGGCUGGGGGCUUGGAUCGGAUGUCGGUGUUUUUGCAGCGGCGGCCGAUGGUUCGGCUCGCGCUGCUGCUGUACGUCGCGUGGGUGCACGUCAUGUGGCUGUUCUUGUCCGCGUGA